AUGAGUAAUCCGAAAUUACUAGUAUUUGGUUCAUUCACUGAAGAUGAAACCAAAUCAUGGAUGCAACAGAAGUCAGCUGCAAAAGCUCAGAAGGAUGUGGGAAAGAAAGACUCACAGUUUCAAUUAUCGAAGCCUGCAAGUGGAAUAACUUUUGGUGACUUUAGCUGUGAAUUGAAUAGGGAAGAGGGAUACGUUACGGGAAAUGCGGGUCUUCGAAGCGGAAAGUCAGUUGACAACAAAGAUUUCAGGACCUUGAAUGAAACACAUGAAACACCUGGUCAUGCUCAUCCACAAGAAAAUGGAAGAAUUGAUGCUACUACCAACGAACAAUUUCUCAGUCAUGGUGUGAAGGACUUGGCGAUCAAAAGUGUUAGUUUGAUUUCCUCACCUGCAUCUCAGCAUGAAAAUGGGGCUGUAACUUCUCCUAGGAAUUCAAAAUUUCAUGUUCUUGAUGAUGAAACUGUCAUGGAUAUGCACCUGCAUGCAACUGUAGACUAUUCAGUGCUACAUGUGGAAAAGGAGAAUGGACAGAAUCCAACCAAUGGAUCUAUUGCACCAGUCAGAAAUUUGCUACCACAUGGUUUAGUAAAUUCAGGAAACUUAUGCUUCCUCAAUGCUACACUACAGGCACUCUUAUCUUGUUCUCCUUUUACUCAAUUAUUGCAGGAGCUUAGAAUCCGUGAUAUUGCUAAGGUUGGCUUUCCUACAUUAACUGCAUUAACGGAGCUAAUUUCCAAAUUUGAUAUGCCAAGCAAUACAAAUGACAAAAAGUCUGUUCUUGAGACUGGUAGACCCUUUCGCCCAGCAAUGUUUGAAGCCGUGCUUAAACAUUUCACUCCAGAUGUUCCAAGCAGCAUAUCAGGAAGGCCAAGGCAGGAAGAUGCUCAGGAGUUUCUGAGUUUCAUCUUGGAUCAAAUACAUGUUGAAUUACUUAAGCUUGACGGUCAAGCUUCUGGCAUUAGUGGUGUCAGUUCUUCUCUGGUGACUUCUACAGAAGAUGAUGAAUGGGAGACAGUUGGACCAAAGAACAAAUCUGCAGUGACUAGGACUCAGAGCUUCCCUCAUUCUGCAUUAAGUGAUAUAUUUGGCGGACAAUUAAGAAGUGUGGUGAAGGCUGAAGGUAACAAAGCCUCUGCUACUGUUGAUCCAUUCCUGCUGCUCCACCUUGAUAUUUGUUCUGAUGCUAUUGGCACCAUAGAGGAUGCACUUCGUUUAUUCUGUGCACCUGAGAAUCUGGAAGGAUACAGAGCGUCAACUACUGGAAAGGCUGGGGUAGUGGCUGCCAGAAAGUCGUCGCAGAUACAGACCCUUCCAAAGAUAAUGAUAUUGCAUGUCAAGCGUUUCAGUUUUGGAACCAAAGGGAGCACAAAGCUGCACAAGCCUGUACACUUCCCUCUGGAAUUGGUGCUGGGUCGAGAACUAAUUUUUUCACCAUCUUCUGAGAGCCGAAAAUACGAGCUUGUGGCUACAGUAACUCAUCAUGGGAGGGAGCCCUCAAAGGGUCAUUACACUGCUGAUGCCCGGUAUCCAAACGGACAGUGGCUUCGAUUUGACGAUGCAUCUGUCACUGCAAUUGGGCUGAACAAGGUGUUGCAUGACCAGGCAUAUGUUCUCUUCUACAAGCAAGCAUAG